AUGCGAUUCUUUGUGCAAUGUUACAGAAAUAGUUACACCUUCAAGACCCACCAGCAACAACUCGGCCAGCCAGAGAAGAUUUCGCAACAGCACCCACCAAAGUCGUCAUAUCAGGCCCAGCAGACCCAGCAGGCCCAGCAGCCCAUUAUGACGCACAAGUCGAAGCGGGACUGGGACAUUAAUGAUGCGAUAGUGCCUCAGAUGUCGGAUAUUGAUUUCGAUGAGUUCAGCGAGUGGAGCGAUGGUCAUGUCCGUCUCGUCUAUUCCAUACACAACGAGGAGGCCAAGAAGCACAUUUCCGGCUGGGCCAUGCGGAACACCAACAAUCAUAACGUGAACAUACUGAAGAAGAGCUGCCUGGGUGUGUUGGUCUGCUCCCAACACUGCACCCUUCCCAAUGGCACCAAAAUCAACCUGCGACCGGCCAUUUGUGACAAGGCGCGACGCAAGCAGGAGGGCAAGGCGUGCCCCAACAAGAGUUGUCGAGGUGGCAGGCUGGAGAUAAAGCCGUGUCGGGGCCACUGUGGAUAUCCCGUCACGCAUUUCUGGCGGCAUUCGGGCAAUGCCAUCUUCUUUCAGGCCAAAGGCGUGCACGAUCAUUUGCGACCCGAUCCAAAGAAUUCGAGCGUUUCGAAGCGUGCCUUCGGACGGGUUUCGUUGACGGGCAUUUCCAAUUCCAAAGCCACCAGCGUACGCAGUGCGGGUGCUGGGGCGGGGGGCAAGAAGUCCGUCAUUGCCGGUCUGGUUAAGCAGGUCAAGCACCAACAUAAUCUCAUGGGUAAGGUGUUGAAACGAACGACAGCUAAUAAUUCAUUGAGCCACUCGGCUCUGGAAAUAUAUCAGUUGAAUGCUUGUGGCAAGUGCACCACGUAUAGUCACUGCACUUGCAGCUAUUUGGAGGACACACGCACCCACCAACUGACACAGCCUGCCACCAAUUAUGUAAGCAACUCCUGGCCCUUGAGCUCGACAGAGGCCGCACCUUGUGAGAUGGGCACGAAUGUGUUCACUGUGAAUCAUCAGCACAUCACUUACAACUAUCCGAUCUAUCAUGCCACGCCUGCCACUGCCACAGCCACGCCCAGCAAGUCCCCAAGUCUGCCCUAUUCCUGCAUUUCGGAGCUGGGCUACCAUCAGCCAUACGGAGGUGGCAGCGGCAACAACAACACCACCCAUCAGCACUACCAGCAUCAAGCCGGACCCGGCAGCAUCUCGUACGAGUCGAGUUCCCAGUUGGCCACGCCAGAGCCCGAAUUCAUAAACUACUCGCAGAUCAAGCAUUUGGGGACUACAGCGCCCAACCUGGAUUUGGAGUCGAAUUGCAAGACCGAAGGUACACCGCCCACCAUCAAGUACAAUGCCACGGUUGAGACGCAACCCUAUACGGAUGAGCGCUACGAGCAUUACUACAAUCGAGACCCCAAGUCGGACUACGAGCUCCAACAGCAGUUCAGUCUGGCGGCAGGGAAUGUUUCCGGCCACUUUUAUGAGAGCGCCAAUGGCUAUAAUGGCGUCAACUACUUCGAUACGAGCACCACGCCAGGGAACACAAUCCUUGAUAAUGGCAGCUAUAGCUAUUACGAUCAUUAUGCCAACUAUGAGCAACAAAUGGCGGCAGCCAGUGGUUUCAGCAGUGGCGGCGCCACAGUGGCUGCUGCCGCAGCAGUGGCAACCCAACCGACGCUCACCUAUCACCACCACCAUCACCACCACUUGCACCACGCACAGGCACAAUCCCAUGCAGCGCAUUGA